GUGUGUCAUAAGUUUGUCCCACUAAAAGUAAUUAACCGAGAAAUCAAACACGUAGUAGUAAUAAAACCCAAGGAUAUAACAUUAAGAUAAGUCCAGAUAUACAGGAAACUCUACCGAUAUAUUUUGUUAAGGUAAAAAAUUAAAAAAAAGGGGCGUCACAAGAAAAAAAUACAAAUUACACCUGGUGAGUUUGUAUAUUGACACUCUUUUUAUUGAAUUCAAACAAGCAACUUUAAGUUAGAGCAUAACAUCAUGAGCUCCUCGUUUAUGCCUCAUCAGGAGCAUCUUGAUCCACUUGAACAACCUAUGGAUUUGGAUUUUCAUAUGAAUGGACAGGAUCUUUUGGAUGAGUUUUUAGAUCAAAGAGUUUAUGAAACUCCUCCAGGACAGCAACCUCCAAAUACCAUUCCAUCCAAGCAAGGUGACAUCCCAGCCCACAAUAAUUCUAACCCUGAAAACGUUAAAAUGGAACCUUUUGACGUAAGAUUGGAUGACACCAACUAUAAUAUCGAUACCUUGGAUAGUUUGGAUAUUGGUUCAUUCUAUCAAAAUUCUCCUGAAGGAUUUGAUUAUAGUAAUAACCAAACAACGUUCCAUAGCCCAGAAGGUGUUUCCCCAGCUAUUCAUAACGAAAUUGAACAGAAAUCCGGUCAACCAUCAUUAAUUCCAAUUCCAACUGGAGUGGAGUCAACACAAUUGAACUCUUCCAACUAUGAUUAUAUUCGUACUGAGCUUGCUAAACUUAAGUUUGGUAACCCUAACAUGGACCCGCGCCCUGCGUCUGUAGAGGUCCCCGAUGCAUCCUAUCUUGACUUCUCACCUGAAGCAAUGGCUAAACUUCCAUACAAACUUGAAUUGUCAAGUCUUCCAGCCUACCUGAGAGUGGAAACACAAAUUAAACUUAACUUUCUGCUUUCUCCGCCUCCCCCAUCGUACCUUUUACACAUCCCUCAGGAUCUUAUUUCAAAGAGUAAGUUUUGUCUCAAGAAUUCCAUUGAUACUUUGUCCCCAGAAUUUAAGGAUAACAUAUUGUUCUUGGAUACGUAUGUGUUCACAUCUGACCUUCAAAAGAGUUGUUCUAUAUGUUCAAGAUGUAUAAAAAGAGAACAAAAGAGAGCCAGUAGAAGAAAGUCUGGAAUGUAUGGCGAUAAUGAGAAUGGAGAAGCUGAUGCUGCUGCUGCCGCUGCUGCAUCCGUAUCAGCCGGGACCAGUUCGCAACAGGUAACAGAUGACUCCUCGCCAAAGAAUAACACCUCAUGGUCCGAUGAAAACAUGUCCAAACGUGCAAUUAUUUUCAAUUGUAAGGAGAUUGUAUCUUUCCCACCACCAAAUGGUUUGAAUAAUGACAUGAGCAGUCUUGAGCUUCUGGCCAGAAUUGUUUGUUAUUGUAGACAUCACAAGGAACCUAAAGGGUUCAAACUUUUAUUCGUCAUCAAGAAUAACCGUGGUGAAGUUUUGGCUAAGAAUGUUUCUUCACCUAUUAUGAUUAUGGAUAGAAAGAAGACUGUCAAUAAUAAAUCGUCCAAUAUGCUCAAGGAACUGUCCCAGCAAAUACAAGACCUGCAACCAUCUUUAAGCUCUAUCAAACAAGAAGAUAAUAACUCCCCACAUAUGCAUCCACUUUCACCAAAUUCAAUUGAUGAUUCUAAUUCAACUAACACUGAUACUGCUAAUGAAGAACAUCGAAGUCUUAAACGUAAGAAGUAUUCUGUUGACGACUCGUAUAAUAAUUCUAUGAAUCCAAUGUUCAACGGCAGUUCGAAUAAUUUCUCGCCUAUCAGCAACAGCGACACUAAUACCAACACAUCAACUCAUAACUAUUUCGUGAAACCAGCUGUUGCUAACCCAUUUGGCAUUCAACAGCCAAUAACACAACCACAAGGCAUAAGACCUUCCAUUCAAAGGAUUAUCCCUGCAGAGGGACCUAUUCGUGGUGGUAUUGCUGUAACCUUGUUGGGGUUCAAUUUCAGACCUGGUUUAAGAGUUAAAUUCGGUCCACACUUGGCCUUGGCGACACAUUGUUGGAGUGAAACUACCAUUGUAACAUACUUGCCACCAGCGCUGCAACCUGGUCAAGUUUUAGUAACUUGUGAAGGAGAAAGUAUGGUCAUAGGAGAUCAAGAACUGCAGGUUUUCACUUACACUGAUGAUACUGAUAGACAAUUGAUCGAAUUGGCAUUACAAAUUGUUGGUUUGAAAAUGAAUGGGAAAUUGGAAGAUGCUAAAAACAUUGCCAAGAGAAUCGUUGGUACAGGGGAAGAUAGAUCCGGUUCGGGUUCCGGUGCUAGUUCUAAUAACAUGGCUAAUGGUCCUGGAAAUGGAUCCGUGAGUCAUGUUGAUUCCAAUGAAGCAAACAAAUGGUUUGACAAUGCACAUAGAGCAGUUCAGCAGCUCACAAAAUCUGACCUUUCAACUGAAGAUAUAUUGAUAAACUUUUUGUCGUUAGUUGACCUUCCUAACUGUCCAAUUACACUCUUGAAUUGGCUGUUAUGUAAUGCUCAAGGUCAACUGUUGUUGCAUUUGGCAACCCUCAAGAACUACUCAAACUUGAUCAGAUUCUUAAUUACUCACGGCUGUAAAAUCGAUGUGAAGGAUAACCAGGGGUUAACUCCACUCUUCUUCGCAGCCUUGUGUGGUCAACGUGAAUUAAUUAACAUCUAUUUGGGUUGUAAGUCAAACUACAAUUUGAAAUUAUCAAACGAUUUACAUUUGACAGAUUACUGUGACUUGAAUGUGUUGGAUAUUUUCAGUGAAUUAAGUGAAGGGGAAGACUUUGGUAGUGUUUUCGCAAGUAAAGAUAAACUCAACAAAUCCUUGAGUGUUGAUAGUUUGAAUUCUAUGUUUACUAUGAAUUAUGGUAAACAUAUCUCCAAAAUGGUCAUUGAAGAGAAUAGUGAAAUUUCAACUAGUAAAAAGUUGGAAAGUGGCGACAGGCAUGUCAUGAGAAGCGAAUUCAAACCUUCGGAUACAUCAGAUGUAUACGACGAAAGUAACUACUCGUCUGAAUUUGCGGACUCUGAAGGAGAAUCGGAUGACUAUGACGAUGAUGGUUUGGAAUCUGAAGUUGACAACGAAAAUGUUGAGCAAUCUCAACUCCCUGUAAACAAUUCUUUAUGGCAACGAGUGAAGAAUGUUUUCAACCACGACGAUGAAGAUAUGGAGUUACCAUCUUACGAUGACCUUUUCCCCUUUGGACACAGCUCGAAACCUGAGAUUAUUGAGACAACUGCUUCUUCAUCUGGAAGUAACACAUCCAAUUCAAAGUUGGCCAGUGUUGAACAAGAAGAUAGUGGUGUCACAUCUGACUCUCUGGAUGAUUUGAUUAUCUCUUACCAAAUCAAGACAGGCCGCAAGACAGUCAAGAAUGAUAAGAUGUUGUUAUUUUUCUGGUUCCCAGCGUUAAUAACUAUCGCAGCAUUGUUCUUUUCUGUUUCUGUUAUGGGAUAUAAAUUUGAAUUUAUUGAAAGUAUCAAAGAUUACGUCAGACAAGUUGUCGGUAAUUUAAUGGUUGGUAAUGAAAGAGUGGUUCGGGUUUUCCAAAAGGAGAAUAAUGGGUUUAGUAAUUUUAUACUGGUAACUUGAUCUCGACAAAAAAGAAUGAACGAACUAAUGAAGAAAUUAAAAAUUGGGAGGUUAUAUAUAUAUAUAUAGGUACA